CUCCUGGGGUUCUAAAUGGGGGUUUGGGGGUGUCCUGGCUCUGACCCAAACCCUCGCCCCCCAGAUCUUGUUCAUGGUGGGCCGGGGGUACCUGUCACCUGACAUGACCCGGGUGCCCAGCACCUGCCCCAAGGCCCUGAAGAGACUCAUGAUGAACUGCCUGAAAUUCAACCGAGAGGAGAGACCCCUCUUCCCCAAGAUCCUGGCCACGGUGGAGCAGCUGCAGCGGCUCCUCCCCAAGCUGGAGCGAAGCAUGUCAGAGCCCUCCCUACACCGCGCCUCCCACCCCGACCCCCGCGGCUCCUCCCCCCCGUCGCCCCUGCGCCCCCUGGCCUAGCCCGGACAGACGGACACCCCCGCCCUCGGGGCCAGGAGCUGCCGCUGCUCGGAGCCUCCCCCAGCCUAGGACCCCGGCGUCCGGGAGCAACGGUGGGAGAGGGCGGCAAACACACCAAGGGGCUGGGGAGCUUCCCCCCCC